AUGUCGAGGUACCUGAAUGGAGAAGAAGGCGAUGUACAGACGCGCGAGUUCUUUGACCACCGCAAGUCGUUUUCGGUUUCGGCGGACCCCAACAAUACGGUCGAAUCAACGCCGGAAACUGUGGAAGCUCUCCUCACGACCAUCUGUGCCUGGGGAUCCCAGCUUAUUUUGCUCCCGUUCGAGUCACUGGACCUGAGCGUAUUUGAGCCGAUGGGCCACACCAACCUGGUGCAGGCGGCCUGGGACGAUCCCGAGCUCGGCUUCCGCCGCACGGCCCCCCAGGGCCCGCCCGAGUCGAUCUUGCCAGAGCCGGGCACGGUCAAGCGGCAAAAACGACGGCAGGGUGUGGCAUGCGAUACCUGUCGUUUGCGCCGCGUGCGCUGCGACCUGAUGGAGCUGCCACCGGGUGCCACUGCCUGCUCGCGGUGCCGAGUGAAGCAAAUUGUGUGCACAGACCGAUACAUCCAAUGGCGACGCAGUCGGGAUAUGUCCCGAAGCACCAGCACCGCGCGUGCGAUCCCUGACGUGCAGCUUUUGCCGCAUCGUGAAGAAUUUAUGGAGCUGCAUGAUCUCCCGCCAUCCGUCCGGUCGCUUUCGCAGCAGGAGCUCAUCGAUUAUGGCGUGGCGCGCGAAGCUGUGUUUAGCCAUUUUGUGCGGCGUGCGCUCAUUCUUGUGCACAAGUACGACCUGGUCAACAGCUACACGAUGCAGGGCGCCAGCGUGCUGAUGCUAUUGGCAUCGCUGCUGGACUAUGUCCGUCCCAAGAUCGCAUACGAGCUGCAGCGCAUGGCCAGCGCCCAAAUCGUGCGCCUAUUUCUCCGUACCGAGUUUGAUCUCAACUAUGUGCAACCAUCUAUAUCGAUCUAUGACCAGUUUUCACGUUUGUCGGGCAACCGCCUGCCGCAUUCAACUUGGGUGUACGAUGCAGUAUCGAAUGUGUCCUACAUGCGGCGGCCCCAAAUGCCGCGCGACUUUUGUGUGGUUGGAUUCCGCGGAGGCCUCGACGCGACGGUGCACCCGGCGACGUUGAGCGAGUUCGUGGCGGUGUGCGAACAGGCCAAUUCCACGUCGGCCGUGUCCUUGUAUUAUCUCUUGACGAUGGCGAUUGGCGGUGUGGCGCACGACACGUAUGCGUCGUUGAUGACCCUACCUGCGCUCAGUGCUAUUCCGCCUACCUUUGCGUCAAUGGCAGAGAUCCGGUCGGCCUGUGAGCGCCUGUGGGGCGAUCUGCACAAAAUUGAACUGAGCAUGUUUAUUCUCGCGACCAAGAUGCGCGAGACGCAUCAAGUAGCCCUGCCGAUGAACACGCUGCAAUGGGGCUGGCUCCUCCUCACCCUCAGCUUUUUGCUAUACCAGGCGAUCAUGCGGCGGAUCACCGACUGGUUCUCGUCCACGAAGGCGUACCACCAAUGGACCAUGUACUCUGACGAGGAGCAGGUGGAGCCGCUCAUGGACGCCAUCCAUGACUUGCUGCGCGAGUCACAGCUGUCCACCCUCGGCAUUAGUCGCACGAUUGCGCACUAUGCGCGGAACCUCUUGCCCACAGGCCUCCUCUUCCGUGGAUCAUCUAUGACACGCCAGCUGUUCCGUGUGGCGCAAAGCAUCGCGCGCGCGUUGCCGGUCGGUGAAGAGAACUCCGACGCCCCGGUCGACGAGCCCCCAAACAGGACGGCCCCUACGCUCCACUCCCUGUUGAACCCCACUGGGGUGGAGACGCCCCAUGAGACACCUCCGCCUUCUGCGCAGCCACUGCCGUCCGCCUCGUCUCAUGACAUCAACCUGCUCAUAUCUGUCCCUGACUCGCGCUCCCACGAGCCCUUUACGCGACGCAACAAGCGCCGCGAAAUGGACUGGUGCAUCCAGGGCCUCGGGCAGAUUGGGUUCUCGCAGGCCGGCCUCGAGGCGGAGAUUCGUCGCAUCAUUGAACUAGUUCACUUUAUGCGGUAG